UCGGUACUAAUUAUUGGUGUACCUUUGUUUCAAAACCGCUGAUGGUCGUGGGGAGGGAGGAUAAGCCGAACACUUGGUUUGUGGAUUGGUAAUUUCGUGCACACAUGUGACAAUCUAAGUUGAUACAUGUCCCUCAGUGCGUGAUUGGUUCGUCAAAACACUGUGCUAGGUGCCUCACCCCUCAAGGGUACUGUGUAGACUCUUAGGCCCUGUUUUGUUUUCCCUGGACUGAAUGUUACUAAACUGCAACAAAAAAAAGGGCCUUAUUGCUGUAAUGUUUUGCACUGAUGCAUACAGACUGUGGUUAGGUGCAAGCAGGCAACUUUGAUCUGAUGCCUUGUUACUCGACGAGGCAACUUUGAUCUGAUGCCUUGUACUGGCAACAUUUUUUUUCACUUUCUCUCUUUUUGUCUCCUUUUCUCUUUCUUCCGUCGAUUUAUUCCUCAUAUUGACCUGGUUGCUUCUCUUCUUCUUUAUCUCCCCGUUUUCAAUUUCUGUUCUCUCAUAUUGACCUGGUUUAUGUUCUUGCCCCUUCAUGCUUGCUCCCCAUUUUAACCUCUCUUUUCUCCCCUUCCUGCUUAAUCUGAUAAAAAAUGGAAGAGACGGAAGACAAGGAUGUUUUACAGACACAUCUCGCCUAGAACCAGAUCUCCAAGGUAAGGGCUUACCUACUUUUCUCGAUCUCCUAUUAUAUCGGUUCUCAUUUUUUUAACUACUAGGGUUAUAAAGAUUUAUGAAGUUUAGGUUUUUUUGGUUUACAUGGAUGAUAAUUUUAUUUUUGAAUUCGUUCUUUUUCCCGUCAAUUUUCAGAUCCAAUUCUCGAUUCUUGAAGUCUACUGUGUUUGAUUUUGUUUUGGAUUUUAUGAAAUUUAAACAAUUAGAAAUCAUUGUACGGAGAAUGCUAUGAUUGAGUUUAGGAAGAUUGAAGGAGAAUGCUGCUACAAUUAAGAAUGAGUGCUAAUGUGGCCUUAUCUGCCCAAUGGAAAUCAAAUGUUUCUGGCGAUGAACACACCUGGGUCACUUUAAGAGCAAGGUUGGUAACAUCUAACAUGGAUUCCCAGAAGAAUCCAGCUGAAACUAAAUCAUCUGCUACUGCACCAACUCCAGCAAUUGCUUCAUGUCGGAGGAAGAAGAAAGAUGAUGCGACUUUCCUAGAGGAUUUAAAGGGCCAUAUUGAUGAGUUUAUCGAUGCUUCCAUGGAUGAACAUAAGUUAUGCUUCACAAAAACCAUUCAAAAGAUGUUUUCAAUAUCGAAGGUAGUGGCACAACGGAAUUCUGAGCAGCAGGAAGUAGAGAGUGUUCUUUUUACCCCUGUUUAGCGUUAGUUUUGACUUUUGAACACCGUUAUAAGUUAAUAACGUAUAUUUAUGAUAUUCUAUCAUCUAGGAUAACUACGUAAUAAACUUGUGACUUAUAUUCACUUACAGAAAUGUUUACUUCUUUGCAAAUAUGCUUCCUUUGUAUCCUGUGCUUUAAAAAUCUGUCUAAUUCUGAGGAUAUUCUAAUUUGUUGUUGGUAUCUUUUGUUUGAGGAACUCUUGGCAACAUCUACUAAGGUUGUUAUCACUUGGGCACAAAGUGUGGCUUCAGAAGACCACCCGCGAACCACAGGAAUCAACUGUAGACCGUCGCAUUUGAGGAACAACUUGAAAUAGUACACUACUUAUAGCACUAUGACAGGAGUUGUCAUGAUGUAGGAUAAGAGCUCCAAGGAUAUGGUCCCCCAAAGUAAUAGGAUUGUUACAUUGUAGUCAGCUCAUGAGAUAGCAGCUGAUUGUAAAUGGUUAUAUGAGGGUGUUACGGAUGCAACAAAAAAGAUGGUUUAAUGUUGCGCUUAAAUAGUUAUUUAUGUAGAUGGAUUCAACCAUAAACAUUUCCCGUAGUUAUUGAUGAAUCAUGUAAUUCUUGUUUAAUUAGUAUAGUUU